UAAAAAAAUGAUCGGGAUUGUGAGACUUCCAUGUCGGCGAUGUUGUUUUCCAUCUUAAUCGAUACCUGAGACCAGGGGUCAAGAGUUAAGAAUUUGCAUUUGGCGUGGAUCGUUUGCAGAUCAUUAAAACAGAUCAAACUUUUAUCACAUAUGACACGGAUUAUUAAAGAUGAGACGCUUAUUUUGACUAUCACAGUGGGAUAAAGUACAGCGCAUCAUCACCGCACCUUCAGGAUGUUCCGGCGAGGCUGUGGUCUGGAGUUUCUCCUGGUGCUGUGUGGUUUAGAGUUGACCCAGGCGUGUCCCCGUCACUGCAUCUGCUACGACUCUCCCAGCACGGUGAGCUGCCAGGCUCACAACUUCCUGGUGGUUCCAGAGGAAAUCCCGGCCCAGAGCGAGCGCGUCUUUCUGCAAAACAACAAGAUCCAGCGACUGCUACAGGGCCAUUUCAGCCCCACCACAGUCAUGCUUUGGCUCUACUCCAACAAUAUCUCAUACAUCCAGCCCUCCACAUUCAUGGGCUUCACCCGCCUGGAGGAGCUCGAUCUGGGGGACAACAAACACCUCCGCUCUCUGGCUUCUGACACUUUUCAGGGCCUGACCCGACUCCAUGCUCUGCACCUCUACCACUGUGGCCUAAUCACUCUGCCUGCUGGCUUGUUUGAGGGGCUGCACAACCUGCAGUACCUCUAUUUACAGUUAACCAUCCUCGAUCGUUUACUGCUCCAUCAAAACCGACUCCAGUGGAUACACAAACAAGCUUUCCACGACCUGCGCCGCCUGACGACUCUCUACCUGUUUAACAACUCCUUACCUGAACUUCCAGCCGAAAGCUUGGCUCAGCUGCCGGCGCUGGAGUACCUGCGUCUCAACGACAACCCUUGGGAGUGUGACUGCAAGGCCGUGCCACUCUGGGAUUGGCUGCGGCGCUUCCGUGGCUCCACCUCCUCGUUAAUAUGCGUGGCUCCACCGGAGCUGGCGGGCAAGGAUCUGAAACGGUUGACGAAAGAAGAGCUGCCUUCCUGUACGGGCUCGGAGUCGCUCCACCAGAGCAAAUCCAGUCAGGGGGACGUGGGGGUGUCGCUGAAGAAAGAUCAUCAUCAUCGAUCGCGCAAUCAUCAUCAUCAUCAUCCUCACCUGCCACAUCAGGAUCAAUACUACCCCACCUCCCCAUCGCCGCUCCCUCGACCACCCAAAUCGGGACGCAACAGGAACUGCACAAGGCAUCGAAGCCGCAAGGGAAAUGCUCAGAAUGAGGUGUAUACCCUAAAGGAGUUAGCCAACAAGGAAUCGGACCCGUCAAAACCGAGACGAAAGAACAAAUGCAUCCCACGGACUUCGGUGGGUCCCCCUAGUGGCGUGCAAAGAGUGAACAGCAGGGCGGCGUCCCUCUUGGCACCUUGUUUCAUCAUCACUCUUUGCUUAUUGGUGUGUCUCACUGCCCUUAUUUUCCGCUGAGCCUCGUGGAAACCGCUACUAAUUGUUUUACGGAACAACUCUGUCAACUCUGCCCU